CGGCAAUUGAUUAUCAAAUGGCAGGGGUGGGUGGCAGACUGAAGGAAGUGAGGAGAUUUCACCAUCCGUGGUUAUAUGUACGUUGCAUUGCGCUGGGCACGGCGGGCAUCUGCCUGCUUAGCGCUGUGUGGCUGCAGGUGGCGCCGACGGCCCUCGAGAACAUUGGGUGGCGCUACUACCUGUGCUUCAUCAUCCCCAGCAGCAUCGCCGCCGUGCUCAUCCUGCGCUACUGGCCCGACACCAACGGCAUGCCGCUUGAGGAGGCCGCCCGUCUGUUUGGCGAUGAGGAUGAGAUGUUUGGGAACGGUGCCAGCGUCGAGAAUCGUUUGGCGCCGCCAUCGGGUGGGACUUCUGCGGGGGAAGAAAAGGCUGUGGCGGCUGAGGUGGCCGAGACAAAUGUUGCGGGGGCUGAGGUGUAGGCUUAACGGGUGGUUAGAGGC